GAACUGUGGUGGGUCUUCAAACUUAUAUAUAUUAUAUUACGACUAGCCACAUCUAUCACCUAGCCAGCAGAUAUACAAUGAGAAUCUUCAAAGAGUCUUAUGAUGAUGUAAUUGUUGUGGCUAUGUUAUGUUGUGCUUUGUGUUGGGUAUGGGCGCCGCAGAUUUGGAAGAAACGCAGCCGCCGGAGCGUAGUUCCCACGAAUUGGCCUGUCGUCGGAAUGUCUCCGGGGUUCCUACAGAACGCCGGCCGCAUCCACGAAUAUGUAACAGAGAUUCUCCGACAAAGUGGUGGGACAUUUGAGUUCAAAGGUCCAUGGUUUGCUAACAUGGACAUGCUUAUCACCUGCGACCCUGCUAACGUCAAUCACAUCCUCUGCAGAAACUUCGAGAACUAUCCGAAGGGUCCUCGUUUCCAGAAAAUAUUUCACGUCGUCGGAGAGGGGAUGAUAAACGUGGACUCGGAGCUAUGGGAGCUUCACCGGAAGACCACGCCGCCGCUUAUGAACCAGGCCAACUUCCGCACUUCCUUGGAGAGGAACGUGUCGCAGAAGAUGGAGAAUGGGUUGAUUCCGGUUCUUGACCAUUACGCUCAACAAGGGACCCACAUCGAUUUGCAGGAGAUUUUCCAGAGAAUGGCUUUCGACAUAAGCUGUCAGCAGUUUCUGGACAAGGAUCCCGGCAGUCUUUGCGUUGACCCAACCGACGACCAUCCAUUCCGGGAGGCGAUCAGGGAUGCCGUGAACGCUAUUCUCUAUAGACAUAUACUUCCGGAAAGGUGUUGGAAGCUGCAGAAAUAUUAUGGGAUUGACAGAGAGAAGAAGCUUACUCAAGCUGAUCGGACUUUCGAUAACUUCAUUUAUCCCAUACUUGAGGAGAGGACGGAGCAGCUCAAUAACAAAACCCAGCAGCAACCACACGAUUCCUCCGGCAUGCUGACGUCACACAUCGAAACCCACCGAGGAAAGUCGAUGCAGUUUCUGAGAGACACCUUUGUGACAUUGAUCAUCGCCGGAGGAGACACCACGGCUUCGGCACUCACUUGGUUCUUUCUGCUCCUUGCACAAAACCCUCAGGUUGAAGCAAAGAUCCUCCACCACAUCCUUCAACUCAAACAAGACAAGAAGGUUUUUAAGGUAGAAGAAUGCCAGAAGUUAACCUACCUCCAUGCUGCAUUUUGUGAAUCUCUCAGGUUAUUUCCUCCGCUUCCUUUGAACCACAAGACCCCGAUGGAGAAGGAUAUUCUCCCCAGCGGCCACGUUGUUACUCCAAACACCAAAAUAAUAAUGACAUUUUAUUCCAUGGGGAGGAUGGAUACACUGUGGGGUGAAGAUUGCAUGGAGUUCAAGCCCGAGAGGUGGAUUUCACCCGAUGGUGGAAUCAAACGCCAACCUUCUUACAAGUAUCCAGUCUUCAAUGCUGGACCCAGAAUUUGCAUAGGCAGGGAUAUGGCUUUCACUAUGGUCAAAAUGAUUGCAGCUACCAUAAUAUGUCAUUAUCAAUUUCAACUGGUGGAACCUCAUCAUCCGCAAAUUCUAGUUACCGAUUCAAUCCUUCUGGAAAUGAAAAAUGGUUUGAAGGUCAAAUUCAGCAAACGUAUGUAGUAA